AUGCGACUUUGCAGAGACAAGGAGAUCCAAUCCAGUCUGUCAUCUUCCAAGAACUCCCUCAAGAACAUUGCGAGCUGCGGUACCGCCAUAAGCUACAAUUGUGUCGCCUCCCUCCAAUCCACUGAGGACAUUAUACACUUCCUGGAAGAAAGAGGGUUCACGAUCUUUGAUAAGCCCCCCUCUCCCUGCGCUGCCUGUUGUACAUCUCCUCCUCCUCCUCCUCCUCCUUCUCCCAUCCAGGCCAGCCAGCAUCUGCCACCUUCCACCCACAAUGAUCAUGUCUCUGAAUACGAGAUUAGUCAUGAUGAGGAGGAAGAUGCUUCUGAAACUACGAACCAGGAGAAGGAGGAUGGAGCUUCAGAAACCGUGAUCCUAAUGGAGGAGGAAGACGGGGGUGCUACAGGAACUGUGAGCCUAGUGGAGGAGGAGGAGGAAGAUGGGUGCGCUACAGGGACUGUGAGCCUAGUGGAGGAGGAGGAGGAAGAUGGGUGCGCUACAGGAACUGUGAGCCUAGUGGAGGAGGAGGAGGGUUCUUCAGACACAGUGAGCCUAGAGGAGGAAGAAGAGUGCACUACAGGAACUGUGAACCGAUUAUCCUUAACAGAGUCUUCCAAUGAAAAUGUUGAUGCUGAGAGGUUCUUUCACAGCACUCCUAGUACAACAUGCGUUCCACCAACCUCUCUCUCAAGCAGCCCGACCUGUACAGAGCGUGCGAGUUCUUCAUCACCGCCACCGAAGACAUUCAGAAGACUCUGUCCAAGGGACUCUGCAGAGACCGGGUCGACAGGAGGUGAAAGGUACACGUCCUUGAGCCAGAAAACGCCCACCCCGUCCGAUUGCCGAGCGGUCCUCAGAGUGGCCAAGAGCAUGUUCUUGAAGUGCAUAAACCAAGCCCGGGCGAACAGCGCAACCUCGUGUCAGCAGACAGAAAUCGUCCAGUACCUAGAGUGCCUUCUUGUCUUAAAGCAUCUUCAGCGGCCGGGGGUAGUGCAAAAUAUGACUGUGGCAGAGUGGCAGGGGAGGAUGUAUCAUGACUACGAAGGCGAAAACCUAUGUGUAAUCGGAGUGAGAACCCACAAAACCUCUACCCAACAAGUUGCUGCUUUUGCUCUGGAUAAGGAUGAAGAGUCGUGGUUCCGAGCCUACUACGAAAAAGUCCGGCCAUCGCUAGCCAACAGUGACACAGACCACCCUAAGGCAAAGUUCUUCCUUUCGUCAUUUGGAACUGAGAGACAGAGUGUUUCCAGAGACAUCAAGAGAUACCAAUUAAAGUACAAACUCCCCGAUAUCUCCAGUCAGGUGGUCAGGAAGGUCUGCGAAACUUGGACGCUUGCAAAGUACACGGAUCCGGAAAAGUCUCUGUUUGCAAAGUACUUGGCGCACACGAAUGCUACAGCGGAGAGGCACUACCGCGAGAAAGUGUUGGAUGACAUCUGUCAUGGCUACAAGCUGGUGAGGAGAUCUGGCGGUUGUGAGGAGAGCCAGACCCCAGACGCCGCUGCCCCCCAGAUGGAACUUAAUGUGGUGGAGAGGGAGAUGGAAUGUCUGUCGGAACCCCAAGACAGUUCAAGCAGUGAUGGUCAAUGAUACAACAUCAGCAGCGUCGAGUAGGGCAUUCGAUCGCCAAACCGGGCAAUUGUUAUUUAUUUAAGUUACUGAAUCUAUUUUGUUCUACAAUCUGCAAUCCCACA